GGCUACAGCGACUCAUAGAGGCCAAGUUAUAUUCAAGGAUGCCUUAGCACAACAGCUAUGUGAACAAGGAGCUGAAAUGCACAGUGACAGCAUUAUCCUGCGAGAUGACUUUGACUCUUACCAUCAGCAAGAAUUGAAUCCUACCAUGUGGUCUGAAUGCAGUAACUGCGAGGUUGGAGAGCAGUGCGGUGUGAUAAUGCACGGCAAUGCCGUCACUUUCUGCGAGCCAUAUGGUCCCAGAGAACUGACCACCACUGGCCUUAACACAACUACUGCAUCCGUCCUUCAAUUUUCCCUUGGAUCAGGUUCAUGUCGCUUUAGUUACUCAGAUCCCAGCAUCACCGUGUCCUACAGUAAGAACAGUUCUGCAGAUUGGACUCAGCUGGAGAAAAUUAGUGCCCCUUCCAACGUCAGCACGAUCAUCCACAUCUUGUACCUUCCUGAAGAUGCUAAAGGGGAGAACACCCAUUUUCAGUGGAAACAAGAUUAUGUUCAUGCUGGUGAUGUGUAUGAAGCCUGUUGGGCAUUGGACAACAUCCUGAUCAUAAAUGCUGCUCACAGAAAAGUUGUAUUAGAAGAUAAUCUUGAUCCUGUGGAUACUGGCAACUGGCUUUUCUUUCCUGGGGCCACAGUUAAGCAUAGCUGCCAGUCGGAUGGAAACUCCAUCUACUUCCAUGGGACAGAAGGCAGCGAGUUCAAUUUUGCCACAACCCGGGAUGUGGACCUCUCCACAGAGGAUGCCCAGGAACAGUGGGCAGAAGAGUUUGAGAGCCAGCCUAAAGGGUGGGACAUAUUUGGAGCUGUCAUUGGUACUGAAUGUGGGACACUGGAAUCUGGCUCAGCUAUGGUAUUUCUCAGAGAUGGAGAAAGAAAAAUAUGCACUCCAUACAUGGACACUACAGGUUAUGGGAACUUAAGGUUUUAUUUCAGUAUGGGAGGAACGUGUGAUUCUGGAGAAUCCCAUGAAAAUGAUGUCAUACUUUACGCCAAAAUUGAAGGCAGGAGGGAACACAUACCUCUUGAUACUCUGACCUAUGCUGCCUACAAGGUUCCAUCUUUGGUUUCUGUUGUCAUUAGUCCGGACCUGCAGACUCCUGCAACCAAGUUUUGCCUGAAGCAAAAGAGUCACCAAGGCCACAACAGGAAUGUCUGGGCCGUGGAUUACUUCCACGUCCUUCCAGUGCUCCCUUCCACGGUGACUCACAUGAUCCAGUUUUCCAUCAAUUUGGGUUGUGGAACUUAUCAACCUGGUAACAGCGUCAGCUUGGAGUUUUCAACCAACCAUGGUCGCUCUUGGUCCCUGCUCCACACCGAGUGUUUGCCUGAGAUAUGUGCUGGGCCUCACCUCCCCCACAGCACCGUCUACACCUCUGAAAAUUACAGCGGGUGGAACCGAAUAACUAUUCCCCUUCCCAAUGCUGCAUUAACAAGUGACACCAGGAUUCGAUGGAGACAAACAGGACCAAUCCUUGGAAACAUGUGGGCAAUCGAUAAUAUUUAUAUUGGUCCAUCUUGCCUCAAGUUCUGCUCAGGGCGAGGACAAUGUACUAGAAAUGGCUGCAAGUGCGACCCCGGGUUUUCAGGGCCAGCAUGUGAGAUGGCGUCGCAGACCUUCCCCGUGUUCAUCUCAGAGAGCUUCACCAGCUCCCGCCUCUCCUCCUACCACAAUUUUUACUCCAUCCGGGGGGCUGAGGUCAGCUUUGGCUGCGGGGUCCUGGCCAGCGGCAAGGCCCUGGUCUUCAACAAGGAUGGGAGGCGACAGCUCAUCACCUCCUUCCUAGACAGCUCCCAGUCCAGGUUCCUGCAGUUCACACUACGCCUAGGCAGCAAGUCAGUGCUGAGUACCUGCAAAGCACCCGACCAGCCUGGGGAAGGAGUGCUGCUGCACUACUCCUACGACAACGGGAUUACCUGGAAACUGCUGGAACACUAUUCUUAUCUCAACUACCAUGAGCCAAGGUUUGUUGACAUAGCUGCCAUGACAAAUCAGGUGACCUUGUGUACCAGGAGAAGUGCCUGGGACUCACCUCCAUUUGCAUCUCUGUGCGACUACAGAAGAAAAGUGUCUGCCAUACACAUGAUCGCACUGUUUGACAAGAUCAACCUUUUCAACUUGAACGUGGCAGUUUAUGGGGUGGAGCUGCCUGAAGAUGCAAGACAGGUUGGCAUUCAGUUCAGAUGGUGGCAACCGUAUCACUCUUCUCAAGGUGAAGAUGUGUGGGCAAUCGAUGAAAUCAUCAUGACCUCUGUGCUUUUCAAUAGCAUCAGUCUAGACUUCACCAACCUGGUUGAAGUCACGCAGUCUCUGGGAUUCUACUUGGGAAAUGUUCAGCCCUACUGUGGACAUGACUGGACUCUUUG